UUCCUGUUCCACCAAACCAUUGCCGUGUUACCGUAAUUAGUUGUUUUUUUCUGUCCACGACGACUCUUCUUUCUUCGUCGUGUGUACUAAAAGGAUCUGUAGUGUGAAAAAACCACCGUCGUGCGUACCAACAAGAUGGGGAACCUUCCAGGCGUUGGGCACAACAACCAGGACCACGGAAAGGCUGUGGGCGCCCAGGACACGGUGCCGGACGUCUUCCCCCCACCCGGCGAGGAGGACGGAAUCGAGGCUACUGGGUAUAUUGAAAACUAGUUUUGAGCGCUGUUUCAUCUCAUAGAUCAAAAUGAUAUGGAAAGGCAAAGAAAUCAAUCGAGCAAGAGAAAAGACCGAAAACCAAGGCAAAAACAAGCACAUUCUUGCUACGGUCGCAAAGAAAAGGAAAAGGAAAAACAAGAAGAGAAAAAGCAAAGAAAUUAAGCCUCACUUUACUUGAAUCCGCAUGACAAACUUGCUCCUUCAAAGGAGCUGAGUCAACAAACCUAUGGGCUUUGUUAGGAAUACGGAUUUAGCAUGAGAAACUGAGAACUAGACUUGUGACUAAGGUACUUAUCCGCCAUGCGAAGUUGUGGAAUUUGAAGUAGUUUUAGACGGGGUUCAAAUUUAAAUCUGAUACGAAAAAUGUGUUUCAAAAAUAAUCUCUCCAUUUCGAAACUAGAUCCUUCACCCCGCCCGUCCAGCCGGUGACCACCUUUCAGAAGAAGAAGCAGCCAAGUAUAACCCGCUCAGGUGUUACAAUCUCAAGCGUUACAAUAGAAUUCGGAAUUUGUGGUGCAAGAAGUGCAUGAUCUACCCUACUCCCGCAGGAUUGCGCAUGACAAGUUUUGGAGUCCCAAUCCGCAGCACAAUCUGCCCAAAUUUGUAUUGCAGAAAGUGGAAAGCUGUCCGAGUCUGUCAUGUUGAUCAUGCAAGACAAUAAAUCUCAGAUUCUAUUGUAACGUUUGAGAUUGUAACGUUUGAACAGGUCAUACCAAGCGCGUGGUGCUGGUGCUUCGAGGGCGAGCGGGAGCAGGACAAGGGGCUGAUCGCGAAGCCGUACUGGGUUUGGCAACGAUUUGAUGGCAACUCGUGCGGUGGAUCCCAAGAGGAGGACUCCUUCGAGCUGACGUACGGUGACCAGAUCCGCUAUGGUGGUGUCAGGAUUGAAAUCGUCAAAGUUGAAAUAGUUUGUGAUGCAUAAAAUGCAACCCACAUCAAAGUGCCUGUCUUGCAGAGUAGGCAAGGGACGAGGCAGGUUGUAUGCCUGUAGUUGAGUGGUAGAAAUAGAGCUGCUGAAGUAGCAUGUCAAAAGGCGUCUUCGUUACGCAAACAGCAUUACAAGCUGGAUUUAGGCACCGCCAAAAUUUGUCAUGCGCCGCUUGAAAACUGGGCUCCAAGAACUGGCAUCCAUUUUAUGCAUGGCAAAUCAUUUCAAUUUUGUCGAUGUCAAUCCUGACACUUCCAUAUCCGCGCCGUGCGCAAGGAGGCUGACGCGCACGCGAAGGCUCAAAACCGUGGUGGAGGGCUGAUGGGUGGACUGUUUAACUAACAAAAGCGAUUUUCUACUUAAAAAUCCGCUACUUUUCCGAAGAUCCCAAUAAGAAAUACAACUGAAUAUACCUCGUUUUACCUUUCUUGAAUUACAUGAAAACGCAUCGAAAGGUGCAGCAAAAAGCCUGCUUUUUCUACUAAUAUUGAAUUAGAUGUGAAAAGAAAAGCUAUGAAUUAUUUCGGGUCUUUUUACAGAGCUUGUGUGGCUACAAACGAUAACUUUCUCGAGAGACGUGUAACGAAAACUUUGAAUUUCCUC